CAAGGGACAGACGACAGAGAACAGGAAUGGGCACCUGAGAAAAGCCUGCCUGAACUAACUUUCUGCAAAGACAACGGGAUUUUCUUUCGCUUUUAUUUCCUGGCCAGUCAGAGAAGAACAGUUGCUCAAGGAAGAGGUUACCCUGAAGACCAGGAGCUGAUGUCACAGAAGACGAUGACUUCCCAGCCCUCAGAUAGUGACAUAAAUAAUACUCCCCCAAAUAAAACUCAAGAGACUAGUCCAGUAGACACAGCUAAAGGUAUAGAGACGUUGGGUCCUCUCUGCCAUGAAUCGAGUCGUUUGAGUGGGAAUUCCUCUAAGGUAGAUGAAGAAGAUUCUGCAAGGGAAAAGCCCUUGGGUUCUGAUGGAAUUUUGGUGGAGAGAGAGACUGACCACCACAUGGAAUGCAACACGGGGCUUCCGCCUCAUCCAGUGAGCUUACCUGAUAGUCCUGUAGGCAAAGAUACAGUAGAUUCUUUAGAUGAUAGAAAUGGAAGGACUGGAGAUUCAACCCAAGUUGUGCUGCAGGACUCCCCAACGGAAGAAACAAAUAACUUAUCCAACACCAUCCUUGAAGAACAAAUGUGUCCCAUGAGUCAACACAGCCAGAAUGCCUCUGAGCAUCCUGAUUCUGAAGAAACAGAAGAGGACAUGGAGGAAAUGGAGAAAUCCAUUGAAAACCUUGAAGACAUAGAGACCGAGAGAUCCUUGGCUGAAGGGCAUCCUGUGUGCAAAUCGGAGACCGAACCCACUCCAGAAGAUAUCGGCCAGUGCCUUUCACAAGAAGCAAGGAAGCAGAGUCCUGUACAGGAAUGGAUGGAGAAUCGUCACUGGUCUUUUUCAGGCAGUGGUCUUGUCUAUUUAAUGGGAGUCGGCGUGGCUUUGGUUGCCAUUUUCAUAAGCUGCAGCGGAUACUACACUUCCCGCCCCCAAAACCUGUCCCAAAACCCAGCUGUGGAGGCUUUCUUGCAAAAGUUUGAUCUCCUAAAGGACAGCUUCCCAGGUCAGAGCCCUCACCUGUGGAGACGAGUGCGGAAGGUCCUUCAGAAGCACCUCAAUACUUCCCAUCACACUGAACCGGCCAUCUUAAUCUUCACCGCUGCCCAGGAAGGCAAAUCAACCUUGAAGUGCCUGAGUGUCCAGAUCGCCGACGCUUACUCUUCGUCUCUCCAGGGCAGCACAAUCCAGGUAGACGGAGCUUCUAAAUCCACUCUGAGCAGCGACGGUGCCAAGCUGGCAGUUGAUGAGGAACUGAGUGGUGGUUUCCAUGGAGACGGGAAGGCGGCGGUGGUCCAUCAGUUCGAAUCCCUGCCCGCUGGUUCCACCUUGAUUUUUUACAAGUACUGUGACCACGAGAGUGCUGCUUUCAAAGACGUGGCGCUGGUCUUGACUGUUCUUCUGGAGAACGACAAGUUGGAAGCCAGCGUUGGCUUGCAAGAUGUGGAAGAGAAGGUCCGGGACUUCCUCUGGGCCAGGUUCACCAACACGGACACUCCCAGCUCCUACAAUCACAUGGACACAGAUAAGUUGAGUGGGCUCUGGAGCCGCAUAUCCCACCUUGUCUUGCCGGUCUUCCCUGUGCAAGCGGUAGAAGAUGUCAGCUGCUCUUUGCAAGCUAGACCAGAAGGUGAAUGAGGUGGGGCUUCAAAGCCACAAAGCUCUGACGGGUUUGUGCCAACCAGAAAGCCUUAAAAAAAAAAAAGGCUAUAAGC